CUGCGCUUAGGAAGUUUGAGGAAAAAGAGCCAAACAGCCACUGAGACAAGUGUCUCAGGGUUCAGAAUUUCGAAAGGAGGGUUACACAGAAGAGAGAAGGAGAAUUUGCACCAGUAUCCUUCUGCAGACAGUUAGCUUGGAUUCAGUCUGUAAGAAGAACCUGGCAGCUCAGAUGCAAGACCCCCUAUUGAAAUGACUCUCCUGGUUUUCAUCUUUUUGUUGGCUUUUGUUCAAGCCAGAUCUUCAGAUGGUAAGUAUUUUACCUCAAGCCCCCUGCUUGGACCAAGGCAGGUGACGGGGCUGCUGUAUGGUUCUGUCACUGUGAAAUGCUUCUACCAAGCCACUAAGGUAAACAGACAUGACAGGAAGUACUGGUGCAAGGAAUCAACACGGCAAUGUUCAACUAUUAUUUCUUCCAAUGGCUAUCUUUCAAGAGAAUAUGAAGGCAGAGCCACGAUAACAGACUUUCCAGAUUAUGGCUUGUUCACUAUUGAGAUUUUAGGGCUGAGGAAAAGUGAUAUGGGAACAUACAAAUGUGGCAUUGGCAUCAAUAAUAAACUGUUCUUUAGAGUCAAGCUGGAUGUUUCUGAAGAUUCAGUAAUACCUGAAGAAGCUCAGCUCUUCUACAUUAAGCAACAAGGAGCAGUGACUAUAACGUGUGAUUUUGGCAAUCUGUAUGGCACUGCAAGGAAGUACUUAUGUCGGAUGACGGAGAACCAGUGCUCCACGGUCAUUGACGCUUCUGGAAAUGUCAACCCAUCCUACAAAGGAAGAGUUCUGUUGAACCAUAAUGAAGCUCCUGGAUCAUUCAAUAUUUUUAUGACCCAGCUAAAGAGACAAGAUUCAGGAUUGUACUUGUGUGGAGCUGGGUGGUAUGGAAUAUCUGGAGAAACCAAGGAAUUGAAUAUACACAUCUAUGAAGAGCCUUUACUGUCCAAAGGAAAUGCUGAACAGCCUCUAGUAAAGGGAGUCCUGGAUGGUUCUGUGUCUGUUGAAUGUUACUAUGACCCCAAAGGAAAUGUUACAUUGAAAUACUUAUGUAAGUGGAGAAAAAAUGGGUGCACCCAGUUAAUAAACAACUUUGGAGAUGUGUUGGAUUCCUAUGAGGGAAGGAUAGUGAUGCACGAUAACCCAGAAAAUGGCACCUUUACUGUCAUAUUGAACCAACUGCAGGAGACUGAUGCAGGAUACUACUGGUGCAUGACAGAUGGAGAACAAGAAAAGAAGUCAACAACAGAACUAAAGAUUAUAGAAGGGCAACCCAAUUUGAAAGGACUGAAGGAAAUCAACAUUGUUGCUGGCUCGCCUUUGUCCCUGACAUGCUCUUAUCCAUGCAAAUAUUAUAGCUACAAUAAAUAUUGGUGCAAGUGGAAGAAUACUGCAUGUGAUCCUCUCAGCUCAUAUGAACUAAACCAAACUGGCUUGGUAGUUAACUGUGAUAAAGACAGUAGAAUUUUGUCUCUGAAUUUUGACCACGUGGCACCAUCAGAUCAAGGGUGGUAUUGGUGUGGAGUAAAAUAUGAAGGUCGUUAUGGGGAGACCAUGGCAGUAUAUCUGAGAAUAGAAGGAGCAUUUCAAGGGUCUGAAGACGCUCCUGAUGCAGAAUCCAACCGUGAUGCUGCUAUUUUGGGGAUAGAUUCUCGCUUAAGGAAAUCCAAGAUAGCAACUGGAGUUGAAAAUCCAACGGAGAGCCCUGCAGAACAUAAUAAUUCCAAGGUUCUUCUUUCAGUUUUGAUCCCUCUAGGAGUUAUGUUUCUGCUUCUUGCUACUAUCUUUGCUUUAGUUAAAUUCAAGAUUUUCAAGAAUUCAGAUCGGGUCUCAGUUGCUAGCUACAGGACAAACAUCAGCAUGACAGACUUUGAGAAUGCAAGUCAAUAUGGAGCAAAAGACAAUGCAUGCAUGGAAGAAGCUCAUGAAACCCAGCUAGGAGAGAUUAAUGAGUAUGCAAUUACCACUGGGAGUCCCAAAGAAGCACCAAAGUCAACAAAAAGAGGUUCUAAAGAGGAAGCUGAGAUGGCGUAUAGCACCUUUCUGCUUAAUUCAGAGUCCAUUUCUGCUACAAGCUCCUAGCAAUGUAAACCCCAAGGAGCUAAUGAGCUGCCCAGUCAUGGGCACUUCCAAACACUAUGGAAAUGAAUGAUACAAUAAUGAUUGAAAGCAAAAAAUCAGUAAGCUUUGAGAAUGUCUAAUAUUUUCAUAUAACUGUUCUAUCAUUGAUUAAAUAAUGAAACUUCAGAGUUAAAAUAUUGCUUUAAGAGUAAACAGCUUAUUUGCAAACAAAUCUAAAUCAAGUAAUAAAAAUGUGUAGGAAAAUCAUAUAAGUGACUAUAAUUGUGAAAUGCUGACACAUUUUAAACUGAUUCCGUUAAUUCAGCUAAUUCAGUGACAUCUAUAUAACUGGACAUUUUUAAUGUGGGUUAUGACAAUCAGUCUAUAAACAAACAGCUUUAAUGCAGGAGUCUUACUGAGAAUAGAAUUUUAUAAAUGAUUUUUUUAAACUAAAAACAUAGAUAAUUAAGCACAUCUGGAAAUUACUCUGUUACCUAUGGUCUGUUUUCCAUACUUCUUCCAAGUACCUCAAGAUAGCAUAAGGUUAUCCUAUUCCAUCCUCAUAAUAAUGCUAUGUAUAUGUUAGUCCGAUGGAUCAUGACUACGCCAAGGUCAUUUGUGGUGUGUCAUGGUUGAUCAAGGAUCUGAACCCAGAUCUCUAUAGUCGUGGUGCAGUCUUGGAAUGUAUUAUCAAAUAAAUGAGUUUAGCAAUGGGGUGGAAAACCUUUUUUUUCUUUCCCAAAAUAAGCCUGGCACAUUAAUUUAUAUUCUUUUGGGAUCAGUGGCUUUUUAGAUUACUUUAAAUUUAGACUUCUGUAUAUCAUUUACCCAUUAAUAUUUGCAAUGUGUUUGAUUACUGCAUGUUUGACUAAUAAAUAAUGAUUAAUGAA